AUGUCCCCAUUAAUCCCCAAGACUCAAAAAGUUGUAUUGUUCAACGAUACCGGAGAUUUUGACAAGAUUGAAUAUGUGACGGAUUUCCCCACACCAACAAUUGACUCUGAUCAUGACAUUAUUGUCAAAAAUAGCUAUGCUGGUAUAAACUUUAUUGAAGCCUAUUUCCGUAAAGGCAUUUAUCCCAUUUCUGAAAAACCAUAUGUGUUUGGAAGAGAAGCAAGUGGAGAAAUUGUUGCUGUUGGAUCAGGUGUAUCCAAUUUGAAAGUUGGCGACAAGAUUGCGUAUUUAUCAACGGCAACUUUUGCUCAAUACACGAAGAUUACCGAUAAAAAUUUCAAAUAUGUCAAGUUGCCUUCACUGACCAAUGAAAAGAAUUUAGAAGUUUAUGGAUCAAUCUUGUUGCAAGGGUUGACGGCAUUGACAUUUAUCAAUGAAGCCUACAAGGUUGAAAAAGGUGAUUAUGUGCUUGUUUGGGCAGCAGCUGGAGGCGUUGGCAAAAUCCUUGUGCAAUUGAUUUCACAAAUUGGUGCUCAUGUGAUUGCCAUUGCUUCAACAAAGGAAAAGUUGCAAUUGGCUGAAUCUUUGGGUGCUGAACAUUUUAUUGAUGCCAAUAGUGACAACAUUGAUGAACAAGUUAAUAACAUCACCAAUGGGAAAGGUGUGGCUGCAUCAUUUGAUUCUGUUGGUAAAGAUUCAUUUUAUGCUUCAUUGAAUUCGUUGGCCAGAAAGGGAACUUUUGUCAGUUACGGAAACUCUUCUGGUCCAGUUACACCCUUCCCCUUGUCCUUAUUGUCCCCCAAGAAUGUCAAACUUUUGAGACCACAGUUGUGGGGAUACAUUGCUACGCCACAGGAGUGGGAUCAUUAUUCCAAACAGUUGUUGGAUUUGUACCAACUGGGAAAAUUACAAUUUGACAUUUAUAAAGUUUAUGAUUUAAAGGAUUACAAGCAAGCAGCUCAAGAUUUAGAGGGAAGGAAAACUCAUGGUAAAUUGACCUUAAAAAUUCCUCAAGAAUAA